GUCGGCUGGAUGUUGUUAUUGUAACUAGUAGAUUAGUAAUGGCCGAUAAUGAUGUUUGAUUAACCACUCUGAUUAUUCUGCAGACAAUUUUCGAUAGCAUUACCAUAGUCGGUCUAGAACUGAUAAUAAUGAAAGAGUUGGAUUAUUACAGAACACAGUUAAUCUGGCAUGGUCGGCACCUUCGAGAAAUAUUGUGGUGACUGCUUCUAUGGCAGCCAAUCAAAAUUUCCUUUAGGAUCAAGAAUAGUGAAAGUGCCACGGCUUGUGCAGAUGCCCAAAUCUGUCAAGUCAAUUCUCUACACAACACCGCCACCACUCAAAUCUUUGACCUUACAAUACCAUUAUUCACACGGUUAUGUUAAACCACUGUAUCAUUAACUUAAUUAAUAGUGACUUGCCAUUUAUAGAGGCAAAAUAAGCUUUGCACAAUAAUCUUUCUUUUCAUAAAGAGCAAGCAUUAUACCCUCUCCAUGUGAAGCCCAAAAGAUGCUGCAGGUUAGCAAGGAUGUCAGGUAAAUCACCAUGACCUCUGAAUUAGGAGGAAAAGUUUACUGAGAGGACCAAAAUAGCCAAGGGAUUUAGAGGUCUCAAAGAUAAACUAGAAAUCCCACCUAAAUUUAGGCUGAAUUUGUGGCAUUGAUGUUCCUUGAAUACACUAUAAAAGUAAAAACGAGAACCGAUGAGUUCAAGAUGAAACUAAGAAGCUCAAGGCAAUAAGAAAAGGCUGAAAUAUAAGAAAAGAAGGCUAACAAGAUACAUGGGUUUCGAAAUGAUGGCCGCAGGAGUUGCAUACCAUUUGUGCUUCUUGCUAUUAGUCACCCAAGUACAAGGUUUUUUUGAUGUGAAAGCCUAUGGAGCGAAGGCUAAUGGCAUGACAGAUGAUAGCAAGGCUAUAAACAGCGCUUGGAAAGAUAUGCUUGUGCUGCCAAAGAAGCCAGCACGGUGGUGAUAGCAAAAGGGAACUACAUGGUCGGUCCACUGAAAUUCGAAGGACCUUGCACAGCCCCUGUAACGGUGAAGGUUCAAGGAACUCUCAAGGCUCCAGCAGACCCCAAGCGACUGCGUGAUGAUUGGGUCGCUUUCCGGAAUGUCGAAGGAUUAACUGUCUCAGGCAGUGGAAUAUUCGAUGGUCAAGGAGCAAUUGCUUGGUCCGUAAAUAAUUGUGCGAACUUGGAAAUGCAAUUCCUAGCCCACAAAUUUACAAUUCACAAAGCUGACCAACUCGAAAAUAGAAGGGAUUACGUUCUGAACAGCAAGCUGUUUCACAUGAACAUUUUCAACUGCAAUAAUGUGACCUUCCAAAACAUUGUGAUCAAUGCGCCCAAAAACAGCCUCAACACUGAUGGGAUUCAUAUCGGUCGAUCAACUAUGGUCAAUAUUACAGGCGCAACCAUAAGAACUGGGGAUGAUUGUGUCUCUCUUGGCGAUGGCUGCCAACAAAUAAACGUUGAGAAAGUAACCUGCGGACCAGGCCAUGGCAUUAGUAUAGGAAGCCUUGGCAGAUACCAUGAUGAACAGCCAGUUAUCGGAGUUACAGUGAGGAAUUGCACCCUCACAAACACUGAAAAUGGUGUUAGGAUUAAAACAUGGCCAGCUUCCCCCAGUGGCGUAGCUUCAAAUGUUAAUUUUGAGGAUAUUAUCAUGAACAAUGUUAGCAACCCUCCUAUUCUUAUUGACCAAGAAUACUGCCUUUGUAAUAACUGCCUGGCAAAGGUUCCCUCGCGUGUUAAGAUCUCCGAUGUUAGAGUCGAAGGCAUACGGGGCACCUCUGCAACUCAAGUGGCAGUGAAAAUUGUUUGUAGCAGAGGCCUACCAUGCCAAAAUGUUUCUGUUGAGGAUAUCAACUUGGAAUACAAUGGAAAAGAAGGGAGCUCAACAUCUCUAUGCGCAAACGUGAUCGAAGCCCCAAGUCUCCGGGAAAGUAUUUCCAGCCACCUGUACUCCGUCUGCUUAACCUUCUUCUAGCUAGCUGCUAUUCACUUCUUAUAUAUAAUUGUAAAUGCUACCUCCUGGCAGCCCCUCAUGCUAGCUUACAUGCAUGAAUGGCCUCUUUUUUCGACCUAUACUGUAUAAAUUGUUUUUGGAUAAGUAGAAUUACGCCAUUUUGGCUAUGGCACAUGCCUUCUCCACCAUCAAGUC